UGUUCUUGAUUCGAAAGGUGAUGAUACACUGAGCAACUUUCUGGACAAUGUUCCCGGCAACAAGCAACCAGAUGAGACACAGGGCAACAACCAAUCAGUGUUGUCCGACAGUGGGAUGAGUCUGUUCGUGGAGCCGCAGAGGACCAUACCGCUCACCGAGCAGCUGUACCAGGCAGCGCGAGAAGCCACCGCCUACUACAUCGACGACGGCAACAACAUGACCGAGCGCGUGACCGUGUUUGUUGCUGGUUGUUUAGGUGAUUGUUCUGCUCUUCUAGAAAACAGUCUGGAGGCAGAAACACUUCCGUCAGCUGAACCUUUGCCACCAAAUGAGUCUUUUAAUAAAGAGCAAACGCGCUUUCUGAUUGAUUUGAUCCGCAGCCAGUUGCAGGCAGAUGGCAGGGGUCUCCCGAGAACUUUUAAGGAGCUGAAUUACCGACUGAAGGCUGCCAAAGGCCAAAAGAAAAACUUGUGGCUGGAUAUGGCUAAUACACUCUCCAAACACUUUAUGGAGGCCUUUGACCCAAAUAAGGUGGCUAGGAAAUGGUAUACUCUUGAGGAUGGAUACAAGAAAGUCCUAGAACAUAAUAGUACAAGUAGUCAAAUAAAAACACGGUUCCAGUUUUUCAAUGAGAUGGAAGAGCUGCUGGAUGGCCAUCAUGACCUGGACAUCCCUGCUGUUGGCACAGUGCAAGGAAUAGUGGGUCGCAGACGAAAGACAUGGAGUAUUGACUGUCAAAGAGACUCCCCUGCAGCAAGGCAAACAUCUACAAGACCACCUUCACCAACACAACCUCUGCGCAAGCGGCGGAGGACAGAAGAGGAUUAUUCCACUCUUCUGGACUUUUUAAGGGAAUCUGAGGCAGCUAGUCAGCGGCGCCAUGAGGAAAUCCUGGCCCAGAUGAAAUCUGCCCAGAAGGGGUUUGAGGAGCUAAUGUGCAAAUUCUUGGAGAAAAUGUGACCACCUCUGUGUGCACACGUACCAAGUCUGGUAAUAUACCCCUCAUGUGCUAGACUAACUUUUUUUUUUUUGGUCCUAGCAUAGCUGUAAAACAAUGUAUGACUAUUGAUGUGCACACAUUACAAAAUGAGUUAUGUUUAAUAUUUUUAUGCUUAUUUCAUAUAAAAAAAAAUCCAAUCUUACCAAAAGGCUGUACAAAUCAGGUUUGUUUUUAUCACUGUAACCAGUUCUAUGGUCGGGUUAAAUUCUUGACCCCAUUCUGAAAUCGAGAAGUAAAAAUGUUAAUGUUUGUAAAA